AUGCAGCGCCCUGAUGAUGGCUGCGAUCCCGCUCGCAGCCCAGCCGGGCAAGAUGCUGCUUCUGCACCCAAACCCAGCCCUCUCCCGAACCCUCCCGACCUUCCCGUGCCUUCUAUAAAACUGUACAAAUGUUAUCAAUUCUCAGAAAUUCAUGCUGAAGUGCAGUUGAAGAAUUAUGGAAAAUUUCUUGAGGAAUAUACAUCUCAGCUGAAGAGAAUUGAAGAUGCUUUGGAUGACUCUGUUGGAGAUGUUUGGGACUUCAGUCUUGAUCCCAUUGCAUUAAAGCUUUUGCCAUAUGAACAGUCCUCCCUACUAGAGCUCAUAAAAACAGAAAACAAGGUUCUAAACAAAGUAAUAACUGUGUAUGCUGCCCUUUGCUGUGAAAUCAAGAAGUUGAAAUAUGAGGCAGAAACUAAAUUUUAUAAUGGCCUCUUGUUUUAUGGAGAAGGAGCCACAGAUUCCAGCAUGGUGGAGGGAGAUUGCCAAAUACAGAUGGGACGAUUUGUUUCGUUCUUGCAGGAGCUGUCUUGCUUUGUUACCCGAUGUUACGAAGUGGUGGUGAAUGUAGUGCAUCAGUUGGCUGUUCUCUAUACCAGUAACAAGAAUGCACCUAAAAUUAUAGAGACGUCUGGAGUUCAUUUUCAGGCAAUGUACGAGCAUCUGGGAGAGUUGCUCACAGUCUUAAUCACUCUCGAUGAAAUAAUUGACAAUCAUGCCACUCUGAAAGAUCACUGGACCAUGUAUAAGAGGCUGCUAAAAUCUGUCCAUCACAACCCUUCUAAGUUUGGGAUUCAAGAAGAUAAACUGAAGCCAUUUGAAAAGCUGCUGUUAAAACUGGAAUGCCAGUUACUUGAUGGGAUGAUAUUUCAGGCCUGUAUAGAGCAACAAUUUGAUUCUGUGAAUGGUGGAGUGUCAGUGUCGAAGAACAGCACGUUUGCUGAAGAAUUUGCUUAUACUCUUCGGACGACUUUUGCAAAUGUUGAAGCUAAACUUGGUGAACCUUCAGAAAUUGACCAGAGAGAUAAAUAUGUGGGCAUCUGUGGCCUCUUUGUACUGCAUUUUCAAAUUUUUCGGACCAUAGACAAGAAAUUUUACAAGUCAUUGUUGGAUGUCUGUAAAAAGGUACCAGCCAUCACAUUAACUGCUAACAUUAUCUGGUUUGCUGACAACUUUCUGAUUCAUAAGAUACCAGCUGCUGCCAAACUUCUGGACAAGAAAAGUAUUCAUACAGUUAAAAUGCAAAGGGAGAACUUUCUACAGCAGAAGGCACAGUCACUUACCAAAGAUAUGCAGUCAUAUUACGUUUUUGUGAGCUCAUGGAUGACAAAAAUGGAGUCUAUCUUGUCAAAGGAGCAACGCGUGGAUAAGUUUGCAGAAGAUCUUUCUAACCGCUGCAAUGUCUUCAUCCAGGGUUUUCUUUAUGCAUACAGUCUUAGCACCAUCAUUAAAACUACAAUGAAUCUCUACAUGUCAAUGCAAAAACCUAUGACCAAAACAUCGGUGAAAGCUUUAUGCAGACUUGUAGAACUUCUGAAGGCAAUAGAACACAUGUUCUACCGAAGAAGUAUGGUUGUGGCAGAUUCUGUGACGCACAUCACUCAACAUCUGCAAUAUCAGGCUCUCCACUCUAUUUCUGUAGCCAAGAAAAGAGUAAUUUCUGAUAAAAAGUACAGUGAGCAACGCCUGGAUGUCCUCUCUGCUUUGGUGUUGGCUGAGAACACCCUCAACGGGCCAAGUACAAAACAGAGGCGACUAAUUGUUUCCCUUGCACUGAGUGUGGGAACACAGAUGAAAACUUUUAAAGAUGAAGAACUCAUUCCCCUUCAGUUAGUUCUGAAAAAACUAGAUUUGAUCAGUGAACUUAUAGAGCGAGUUCGAGUACAAUGUGACUGUUGUUUCUUAUACUGGCAUCGAGCAGUCUUUCCAAUCUAUUUAGAUGAUGUGUAUGAAAACGCUGUUGAUUCUGCUAGACUGCAUUAUAUGUUUAGUGCACUACGGGACUGUGUACCUGCUAUGAUGCAUGCAAGACACUUGGAAUCUUACGAGGUGCUUCUGGAAUGCUAUGACAAAGAAAUCAUGGAAGUGCUCAAUGAGCACUUGCUGGACAAAUUAUGUAAAGAGAUAGAAAAGGACCUGCGCUUAUCAGUUCAUACACACCUAAAGCUGGAUGACAGAAAUCCGUUCAGAGUUGGUAUGAAGGAUCUAGCUCACUUCUUCUUUCUGAACCCGAUACGUUUUUUCAAUCGAUUCAUUGACAUAAAAGCUCAUGUAACUCACUAUUUGGACAAGACCUUCUACAACUUAACGACUGUAGCUCUUCAUGACUGGGCCACCUACAGUGAAAUGAGAAACCUAGCAACUCAACGCUAUGGUUUAAGUAUGACUGAAGCACAUCUUCCCAGCCAGACUCUGGAACAGGGUCUGGAUGUUUUGGAAAUCAUGAGAAAUAUUCAUGUUUUUGUAUCCCGCUACCUCUACAAUCUGAAUAAUCAGAUCUUCAUUGAAAGAACAAGUAAUAACAAACACUUGAACACUAUCAAUAUCCGACACAUUGCUAAUUCAAUUCGAACUCAUGGAACAGGAAUCAUGAACACAACAGUAAACUUCACUUACCAAUUUUUGAGGAAAAAGUUUUACAUUUUUAGCCAGUUCAUGUAUGAUGAACAUAUCAAAUCCAGACUUAUCAAAGACAUCAGAUUCUUCAGGGAAGUCAAGGAUCAAAAUGAUCACAAGUAUCCCUUUGAAAGAGCAGAUAAAUUCAACCGCGGCAUCAGAAAACUUGGGAUAACCCCGGAUGGCCAGAGCUAUCUUGACCAGUUCAGACAACUCAUAAGUCAAAUUGGCAAUGCUAUGGGUUAUGUACGAAUGAUAAGAUCUGGUGGACUUCACUGCUGUAGUAGUGCAAUUAGGUUUGUCCCUGAUCUGGAAGAUAUCGUUAACUUUGAAGAGCUUGUGAAAGAAGAAGGACUCUCGGAAGAAACACAAAAAGCAGCAAGGCAGUUGGACUCUGUCCUCAGUGACCUCACACGUAACUUUGCAGAAGGAACGGAGUACUUCAAAAUGCUCGUGGAUGUAUUUGCUCCUGAAUUCCGCAGUCCAAAGAACAUGCAUUUGCGGAACUUCUAUAUAAUUGUUCCCCCACUGACCCUCAAUUUUGUAGAGCAUUCAAUCAGUUGCAAGGAGAAAUUGAAUAAGAAGAACAAAAGUGGAGCAGCUUUCACUGAUGAUGGAUUUGCCAUGGGUGUGGCUUACAUUCUGAAGCUUUUGGAUCAGUACCAGGAGUUUGAUUCUCUGCACUGGUUCCAGUCUGUUAGAGAGAAGUAUGUGAAGGAAAUAAGAGCGGUAGCUAAGCAACAGAAUGUGCAGUCCACUAAUCAAGAUGAAAAACUACUACAAACUAUGAACCUUACCCACAAGCGACUGGAAGUUUGUUUACAGGAAUUUGAACUUCUUUAUUUCUCACUAAGUAGUGCAAGAAUUUUUUUCAGAGCAGAUAAAACUGCAGCAGAAGAAAACCAGGAAAAGAAAGAAAAAGAAGAAGAAUCUGUUAAAGCAAGCAACGGAGAUCUUACCAACUCUACGCCUGCAGACCCUGUUGUGAAAUGAUAUGGCUGGUAUGGGUGAUGAUUACUUACUCAAAUAAUCCGUGUUCGUGUCAUUAUCACUAACGCUCUGUAGGGGUAAAAGCUCUAGAUUUGAUUUAUUUGCUCUGUUAAACCCAAGAGAAAAUGGACAGUAGUAUACUAGC